GCGGCAAUCGACAAACGGUCACACCGAGGGCAGUCUUUCCCUUCGUAUAUCGUGUCGUCGUCGCUUUUGUGAACAAAAAAUACGAGGAAAAUCGCCCGAAUCGACACAAUUCGAGUGGGCACAAGAGUUUGUGUGAAGAUAAACGAGUGAAUACGCGGCUGGCGAUCAAAAGCAACUAUAGUUGUCAAUUUUCCUGCACCCCCGAGUUACAAUAAAAGCCGUCAAAAUUGAAUCGACAAAGAUUGACGAGACUUUUUCUUCCACCACAACUGCGAUGGAGGAUAAAGCAACAACAAAAGAUCUUGAUCAAUGGAUUGAGCAGUUAAAUGAAUGCAAUCAGUUGACAGAGACACAAGUUCGCACCCUCUGCGACAAGGCCAAGGAGAUCCUCUCCAAGGAGUCGAACGUGCAGGAGGUGAAAUGCCCGGUGACAGUGUGCGGAGAUGUACACGGUCAGUUCCACGACCUGAUGGAGCUGUUCCGGAUAGGCGGAAAGUCCCCGGACACCAACUACCUGUUCAUGGGUGACUACGUGGACCGUGGAUAUUACUCUGUGGAGACCGUGACCCUACUGGUGGCCCUCAAGGUUCGCUACCGGGAGCGCAUCACCAUCCUGCGCGGUAAUCACGAGUCGCGCCAGAUCACACAGGUGUAUGGCUUCUACGACGAGUGCCUACGCAAGUACGGCAAUGCCAACGUUUGGAAGUACUUCACGGAUCUGUUCGACUACUUGCCGCUGACAGCGCUUGUCGACGGGCAGAUCUUCUGCCUGCACGGCGGUCUCAGUCCCUCGAUCGACAGCCUGGACCACAUCCGGGCCCUCGACCGCUUGCAGGAGGUUCCGCACGAAGGUCCCAUGUGCGAUCUGCUCUGGUCCGAUCCCGAUGACAGGGGUGGCUGGGGAAUCUCGCCUCGUGGUGCCGGUUACACCUUUGGACAGGACAUUUCGGAAACCUUUAACAACACAAACGGCCUGACACUCGUCUCGCGUGCCCAUCAACUGGUAAUGGAGGGCUACAACUGGUGUCACGAUCGCAACGUGGUCACAAUAUUCUCAGCGCCAAACUAUUGCUACCGUUGUGGCAACCAAGCGGCCCUCAUGGAACUGGAUGAUUCACUUAAAUUUUCAUUCCUACAAUUUGAUCCAGCACCAAGGCGCGGGGAGCCUCAUGUUACACGAAGAACACCCGAUUAUUUCCUUUAAGCUGGAUUGCUAGCACCUACGCAGCUUACAUUUACACAUAUUACAUCGCAUUAUAACAACAAGAACCGAAACAAUAUAUAAUAUAUACAAAUCCAA